AUGGAUGCUUCAUACAUUUUGAGGAAGUCAUCAAAAGAGAUAUUUGUUAGUCGUGAUGCAUUAAUAAGAUGGACUCAUGAACAAGGGAAAAGGAAUGGCUUUGUGAUUAUCAUUAAAAGGUCUGAUAUUGGAGGAGCUGGUAAAUUCAAGACCGGUCGAAUUCUAUUUUGUUGUGAGAGGGGUGACCAAUUUAGGAAAAAAAAAGUUGUGAAAUCAGAUAGCAAGACAAUACAUAAGCUUGAUCAAAGUUCAAACCCUCCAAAGAAAAAAAGUGUGAAGUCUACUGGCACGAAGAAGUGUGGUUGCCCCAAAUCAUUGAAGGGUGUGAACUGUGGUCUUAGAGAUGCAUGGCAACUUGAGGUUGUCUAUGGAGUUCAUAACCAUCCUGCAGCACUAAAUAUGGAAGGGCAUUCAUAUGCAGGGAGAUUAACUGUGGAAGAGAAUUUACUAGUGGUUGACAUGCCUAAGAGUUUGGCUAGGCCAAAGGAUAUAUUAUAUACUCUUAAACGUAGAGAUAGGUUGAAUGUGACCACAAUGAAGACAAGCUACAAUGCCAGACAAAAAAAAUGGGGUGAUUGA